UGGGACACAUUUGGCAACAGUAUUGAAAACUUAUAUUUAGUCCUAUAUAUGUUUUGUAUUCAAUACAGAUACUAAUAAUUUUUAAUCUUGGAUUCUAUAUGGCUCGUGUUGUUAAAGAAGGCUACCUACAAAAAUAUUCGACUGGUAUAUUCAAAGGCUGGAAGAAAAGAUAUUUUAAGGUAUUUUCUGAUGGGCAGUUUGUAUUCUAUGAUCAUAAAGAUGGACCUCGUGGAGGGAAUAUCAACAUAGCAACACAAUGCCAAGAUAUUCAAGUUGGAGCAGGGAUAAUGGCUAAAAUACCAAAGCUUCCUGAUAAAUAUGAGACUGAUUGUAUUUUCCUGUUCAUUGCAAGGGAUAAAAGGUUUCUCCUUCUGGCGGACAAUCGUCGAGAACUGGAUUCAUGGUUGCAGGCUUUGAAUAAUGCACGUCCAAUUCAUCCACAAAAUUAUCAACAAGUCACUUCAGGCUACCCACAAUUCAAUCCACAGUCUUCUAACAAUGGUUAUGUUGGUCACUCUGCAGCACCGCCAUACCCCGCAGCACCUCCUCCCUAUGUUCCGGAGGGAGGUCUUCCACAUCAGCCAGUCGGAACUCUUGGUUUCGAAGGACUAGCAGUUAGUCAAAAUCAACCGUAUCCACCGCCGCCACAGCCAGGAUAUGGUGGACAUUAUCCCCCUCCACAAGGACCUUAUCCCUCACAGUCCGGUCCUUAUCCACCUCAGCCAGGCCCAUAUCCACCUAGUGGACCUGCCUAUCUUCCACCCCCGAACACUGGAUAUCCAGCACCGCAAGCAGGUGGCCCUUACCCUCCGCCAUCUGGAGCAUUUCCCCCUGGCGCAUACCCAGUACAGUAUGGAUCAGCUUACCCUGCAUAUCCUCAACAAGGAGGCUAUUAUCCGCAACAGGGUGCUUAUCAAGGUGGAUAUGCACCACAGCAAGCAUACUCACAUAAGCAAAAGAGCAAAGGUGGCUUGGGAGCAUUAGGUGGUUUGCUUGGUGGCGGUGCAGCUCUUGCUGGAGGUCAUGGAAUGAUGAAGAAAGCUGGAAAGCAUAAAAAACUUAUUGGGGGUGCAGCGGCUGCAGCACUUGGUGGAUAUGCUCUGCAUAAGGCGACAAAAAGAUUUUCCUGGAGUAGUGGCUCUGGGUGCAGUUUCGGUAGCUUUGGCAGUUUCGGAAGCUUUGGUAGCUAAUCGUAAUUGUUACUGUCGGUUUUCUCACAUAUCAUAUUGCAUGUUUUAUUUAUCUUUCUCUAUCAGGUCAAACUUCAUAUUGCUUUUUUUUAUUUUUGGGACUUAUAUUGCACUGAAAUACUACAUGAACCACCUUUUUCAAUCUAUUCUCGUUCAUUCAACAUAUUGCAAAUACAUGUAGGGUAUAAUGCAAUAAUAUUAUGAAGCUCAUUGGAAGCAUAAAUUGAUCGCUUUGUAUAGAUUGUGUUGUUGCUGAUGCAAGAAAUAUAUUCAACUCCUUUAACCUCAUAAAUUCAUUUUAAAUACUGUACACCCUGGGGGGAAAUUAUCGUUGCUAUUCAUUUGUAUUAGCUUACACAAUUUGGGAAAAUAUUCCACUUUGUUGGAGUUUUGUUUUAAUUUCCAUUGUUUAUCACCUACUUAGUUAUAGCAAGUGUGACUGCCAUACUCAUUUUGGUUUCUCUUACAACAUAGUAUUGGAUAUUUUGGCAUGUGCUUCGACUAAAUAGCCUACAGUUCAAGCAUCUACCUUGUAGCCUAAUGUAUUUAAUCCAAAAUAGAUUAUUUUCAUAUGUAAUUUUUUUUGUAUUCUUCAAAGUAAACACUAAAACCAUUGUUUAGCACCUAACUGAAUAGGCUAUGAUGUGAUUGUUUGGUGAUAUAAAUUUUCAUUUGUCACAUGUCACAAAUCAAACUAUUUUUAGUGUCAGGCGUUGCUAGUGAUUUUUGUGUUUUCUAUAUUUAUUAGGGUAAAAAUUACACCAUUACAGUACUUCAAUAAACUAGACUUUUUUUUGUAUUGUAGUAGAUGUAGUAUUGCCUUGUAUACACAAUUGUUGAUUGAUUUUUUUUUGGUACAUGAUUCAUUUUCUUUAAUUCACUAAGCUUGGUUGACUCAAGAAAAAUAAAUUAUAUUUACCUUUGUG